GAGCAGCGGAGGCGCGGCGGCCAUUCAACUGCUUGCUCGGACACCUCCCCGCCCUCCCGCUUCGGUACUAACUGGGCUUUGACUUCCACGUCUGGAAGCGGGUCGAGUAGAGAGGAAAAGGCUUGGUGUAAAUACCGGGAAGGAGGUUCGGAGAAGUUGCGUGUGUGCAGCUCGAUUCCUUUCCAGCGAGGGCUGAGGAACGGAGGGAGGCGUGCCGCGUUAGGUGGAGGUGCGAGCGAGCCGUUUGAGAAGUUGGCGGGUGGGCGUGUGCCCCACGCAGGACUACUCCCCGCGGGAGGCCGAGCGAGGGGACGGCUGCUUUCGGGAAAAGAAAAAAAGAAAAAAGAAAAACCGGAGCCUCAGGCGACCGGCUGAAAAGCUCCUAUCGGCCGGAGGAGCGGCUGAGAGACAGAGGCGGGGAAGAGCGCCGGGGGCUGUCCCCCACGUGGCGCUGACGCUGAGCCACUGAACCGCCGAGCCGAUCGGGGGGCUAUAAAGUGAAUCGGGAGCCCAGAAGGGCUGAGCUUCAACCAGAGAGCGAGCGCUGCCUUCCUGGAGGAGGAGGAGGAGGAGGAGACUUCGCAUCCCGUUUCCAACCCUCAGCCCCAAACCUUCUCCGUUUGCGGUCCUUGGCAUCUUGUAGAGCGGCGGCGCCCCGGUUGAGAGUGUGAGGCGGGGACCCUCCGCUGCCUCCUGGCGUUUCUUCGCGCGGUUUAUUGGCGAGAACGGCGCCCUUCGUCGCCUCCAUGCGGGAACUGCUCCGCUCCCUCUCCGCCGCCUGCCUCCCGCGGAGGUCCCGUCCUCGCCUUUCCUCUCGCGGGGUGAAGGUAAGAAGCAACUUUUGACUCCCGCUCCGCCUGCCGCGAAUGGCCUCUUGAGGAGCCCCCCCCCCGACGCCCUCCCGCCUCGGCUGGACUUUGUAGAGAAAAUCUGGGGCAGUGGGGGAAGGUAGGAAGGAGAGACCCGGUCGCCUUGCCGGUCGGCGAAGACUGAAACGGAGGCGGGGGGCUGUUAUGGAAGCUGAGCCAAGCCGCUUCUUUCGCUCCUGAUUGGAAUCGGUGGCUUUCCGGUGCCUGCAGAAAGGACCAGCCCCGCUGGAGACAGGUGCGGGAUCUCCUCCUCCUCCUCCUCCUCCUCUUCGCAGGGUGUGCCUGUCUUAAGUGACGUCCAUGAAGCUGGGUUAAUGUUGAAGCUGAAGAGCCCGUACCCAGAGCAAGGGGGAUUCGCUUCCCUGGCCCACCUGCCCACUUUCCAGCUGGAGCACAGCUACCCACAGCACAUGGAUGGCAAUGGGAGCUUGAAUGGAAGUGAGGGCGGGCAGAAAGAGGGCCUUCUUUACCCCUUGCCCACUACCUUAGCCCUCAUCUUCCUGGCCACACUGCUCAUGAUCGUCACCAUCUUUGGCAACGUAUUAGUCAUCAUUGCCGUCUUCACCAGCCGGAUGCUGAAGGCCCCUCAGAACCUCUUUUUGGUUUCCUUGGCCUCAGCAGACAUCCUGGUGGCCACCUUGGUCAUUCCCUUUUCUCUUGCCAAUGAGGUGAUGGCCCAGUGGUAUUUUGGCAAGGUGUGGUGCGAGAUCUACCUGGCUUUGGAUGUACUCUUCUGCACCUCUUCCAUUGUGCAUCUCUGUGCCAUCAGCUUGGAUCGCUACUGGUCCAUUACACAGGCCAUUGAGUACAACCUCAAGCGCACACCACGCCGCAUCAAAAGCAUCAUUUUCCUGGUUUGGGUCAUCUCCGCGGUCAUCUCUUUCCCACCGCUUAUCUCCAUUAUAAAGCAGGGUGAGCCUGAGAGUCAGCUCCACGAACAAACAGAAUUGAAACCUGAGAACAAAUUGCUCAGCUGCAGUAUCAACAAGGAGACCUGGUACAUCAUCUGUUCCAGCAUAGGCUCCUUCUUUGCUCCUUGCCUUAUCAUGAUCCUGGUCUAUAUCCGUAUCUACCAGAUUGCAAAAAGGAGGUCUAGAGUGCCUCUCAACAAGCAAGGGGAGACUGUAGAGAGCAGACAGAAUGGGUUGGAUAACAAAGAUGAUACGCAAGCGAUAACCAAGCUCAAUGGGGGGAAGACAACAUUGGCAGGAAGAAACCAGGAAUCAGAAGUCAAUGGUAUAGACCUGGAGGACACAUCUUCUUCAGAGCACAAUGACACUCCUCAGCCUAGGAAAGCAGAAAGGCUUCCCAGAAGUAAGGGCAAAACCAAACUCUGCCAGAUUAAGCCUGGGGACCAUUUGCCUAAUCAAGUAGAAGAGGAUAGGAAUGCCAAAGCUUCACGAUGGAGAGGGAGACAGAACCGAGAAAAGCGCUUCACCUUCGUACUUGCAGUAGUGAUUGGAGUUUUCGUUGUCUGCUGGUUUCCUUUCUUCUUCACUUACACAUUGACUGCUGUUUGUAGGAGAUGCAAUGUUCCUGAAACCCUCUUCAAGUUCUUCUUCUGGUUUGGUUAUUGCAAUAGUUCCCUGAAUCCUGUCAUCUAUACUAUUUUCAACCAUGACUUUAGGAGGUCCUUUAAAAAAAUUCUCUGCAGAAUAAACCGGAAGAGAAUUGGGUGAAGCGGGGAUCUCUUUGCAAGGCAAGUCUUAGGUUCAGCUCUGGUGGGAUAUUGGAAGUGGGUGGCACCUUGUCUAAUUACUGAGCAUUGACUCUUCAAAGGCUUCAGGUGAGAUAAAACAAUUAAAAUAUUAGUGCACAACCAGAACCCAAGAGGAUAUGUGCCCAGGGAUGGAUCAAAAGUCUUAUUUUAGUGUGUUCUUUCUAUGUAUUUCAGCACAUUGAACAAAUGAGGCUGGGAAAGGAAAAUGUAAGUCAUAUUUUUCAGAAGCACUUUCUAUUUUCCAUCUAAGGUCCCUGACGUUACGAUAUUGCAUCCUUGAGAUCUGUGCAUCUUUAACUUUUGUAGGAAAAUUAGCUUUAAACUGUUUUAAAUAUUUCUUGAGGACACACAUUCUAUAUGAAAAGCAAAAGAAAGAUACACAUUUGAGUGGACCCCUGCUGCCAUCUCAUCGAUUUCAAAUAUUAUAGUAUUAAAUUCCAAAAUUUCCAAUAUGGUUCUGGAUGUUGGGAUAUAACAACUGGUAAUAUAAGCUUUGACACAAUGGCCAGUGUUUGAUUGUAUUCACUAUCUAUUUGUUUUUUCAAAAAAUCAUGUUUGUCUUGUCUUUUUAAAAUGCAGUAUUGUUAAAAGGCUGUAUCUCUUAUUCUGUACCAAUUGAGAGAAUCAAAUAUGAAGGAUUUCACAAUUAGAAAGGAACUGUCAAAAAAGCUGAGCUUUCUAAGACUCAGAGGUUUAAGAGGAAGUAUUCUUUCUUUGUGAUCCUUUCAUUGAGAUAUGUUCAGUGCAAUUUACUUCUUUCUGUAGUUGUAAAUAGAUACCAUAGAGGAAAUUCUCUGUUUACUUUACAAUGCUAUUUGAUUCACACUGAUUUUUUUUUUUACAUUUUCAUUUGUGCUAGCUCUCCUGUACAAAAACAUAUUUUCAUGUACAAGUUCAUUUUUCCCUUUUUACCUAAUAUGAAACCAUACAAAUCUUUUUUUCCAGCUGCAAAAUUGGAUGAUAGAACUCUUUUGAUUAGUCACAUAGUGAAUGUUAUACUUGAGUAUAAAGGAGAAAGAAAAUGAACAGAAUAAUUGUAACAUGUAAAAAAUCAUGUUGGCAUAGGAUAAAAUAUCUUUGUUAACUAUCUUCCUUGUUUGUUUUCCCAGAAAUACCUAUUGCAAGUUAACUUUCUCAGCUCAUCAAAUAAAUAUACUGAGUAUUAUUAAAAGGGAAGCGGAAAACAUCAGAAUUUUAUUUUCAAUAUUAUGACAACAUAUUCAGUUAAAUUUACAAUUUGAUUAAGUACUUCGUAUCUGAUGAUGCUGGAAAAACUCUUCCUUUUAAAGCUGUAAAGUCGAUACAUUCUUGCUUUUUGUGCAGUUUUUUAUAUGGAUGACAGGGCCUUCUUUAAAAAAUUCCACCCUACUCUAUGGAACACUAUGGAUAUCCAGUCUUCAGGCUUGUAUGCCUUCAUUUUGUAAGGAUACAUAUCCAAUCUCUUACAUAAUAAUAAUAAAAAAGAAUCUGACACUCCUAGUCAGUCUAAAACUAGAAUGCUAAUAGAGAAGGGAAAAGAAAAUAAGUUAGUAGCAACAAAGAUAUUACCUUGUCUAAAAGCUCAUUUUUUAAAAAAGGUUAAAGAGUUAAUUACAAAUGUUUGCAUAAAGUGUUUUUAACCCAGACUUUAAAAUCUCUUUUUUAAAAGACUCAUUUUCCAGUGCAAGGAAAUUCAUACUAUUUAUAUGGAGCUGUUUCUAAAAUGUGUAUUAGUAUCCAAGGGCUGAAACAAUGGGGGUGUGAUGGGGAAAUGGGGAUGAAUACACCAGCACACAGUCAAAAAUAAUGCUGCCAUUAUAAGUCUAUUGCAAAGGUAUUGCAAUUUAGCAGGAUUGAGGCCAGGCCUUAUACUGUAUGUGAAUCAGGCUGCUGGGUCAAUAUACAGUUUUUCUUUGACUUCAGUUUAAAAUGAGAGAGUCACUUUCUCCCUGUUGCAGUAAAACAAGAUAAUAAAAGUGCAAAGCCUGUGUGACUUCCCCUAUUUGUUGUAACUGAUAUUUGAAAUGCUGGAAUUUUAAUACCCUCUUCUUACCAGAAAAAUCAGGACACAUAGAUAAGGAGAAAUUUUUCUUUUUGAUGGAGGCAAUCUGUCUGCAUUGUGUUGUAUUUUAUAUGUCCCCAAUUUCAUGUUUUCCUGCUAUAUUUGGGCUGAAAUUUGCAGAGUUGUUCAUGAAGGCUGGGAAUUCCAGAGAUAAGCCAACAUGUUUGGAGACCCCAAUUUGGGGAAGGUUGAUGAAUUUCUAAUGCCUUGAAGGAGCUAAAUAAGAGAUUUCAGUUAGAGACAUCGCAAACCGUUUAGCUGGCUUUUCCAGCCUUACAGAUUGGUCCUAUUGUAAUAUUGUAAUAUCCGCUUAUGGUUUGUAACAACUGGUUUGUAUUCAACUGCUAAAAGUAUUUUACACAGUAAUCAGAUAGCAGAGAUCGAAAUUUACAUAGGAAACUGAGAACCAUGUUUUCAAUAUGUUUACAAAUAAUACCUUUGCAAUGGUCUAUCCAUAAUAGGAAGGGAAAUAUUUUGAAAUGGCUUCCUUAUGAUAUAAAAAGAAUAGCUUAAAACUCAGGCCAGAGGGAAAAGCCAGAAUCAAUGGCUUAAAACUACAAGGAACUAGGUUCAGAUUAGAUGUCAGGUGAACGUCCUCACUAUAUGAGCUGUAGGUGACUCGAGUAAGAUACAUGGAAAGUGAUAGAAUGUGGUAGAUAAACAGAAUGGCCCUGAAGGACAAAAGGAAGAUCUUUAGAUAAAUGAAACCUGAGCCCAGGCCAACAAAGUACUUUGAAAAGUGUCUCAGACAGUGCUCCCCUCGUUAAUUUUCAUCAAGAUGAAAAAGGAAGGUAGCACAUUCAGACUUACAAGAUAAACUAUUUUAUUGGAACAAGAUCUGGGUGGUGUCUAGUUUAUCUGAUAGGGUUGCCCUAAUUUCUUCUUUACCAAAAGUCUUCAAACAGAAGCUAGAUAGUGUUCUCUCAGAGAUGUUCUAGAGCAGGGCAGUCAAACUCCGGGUCCACGAACCAGAUGCGUCACACAUUGGCCACACCCAUGCCCAGUUUAGCCAAUGGAAAAAUCGCAUGUCUUGUGAUGCUGCCAUGAUGACAUGAGUUUGACACCCCUGUUCUAGAGGAUCAUAUACGCAGCAGAGUGUUGAAUUAGAUGUGAUGCUUCAAUGACUCUUUGAACUGUUACAAUUUUAUGAUAAUAAGUAAAUACAGAGAAAAUGAAAUAUACUCAACUCUUAUAUAGCUGGCUGUGUUAAUGAAAUUCCUUGAUUACACACUGAGCUCUUAGGCAGAAAAAUGGCUUCUGUAUUGCCAGCUCUGGGGUGACCCUUUCACUCAAUUAGAUGAAUGUCUCCGGAAACCUAUCAGAAAGAAAACCAGAGAGCCUUCUUAUCAUCUGAAAAAUGACUUAUGGUGAAAUAAACUGUAAAUUUUAGCCAUUUGGUCUGAAAUAGCACAAGGGAAAAGUUAAUUGGCCUUGUAAAAGAUCUUGGCUUGAGAAUGUGGGUUGCAUAUUUUUAGGGUUCUGGUAUUAAAUGUACUGUAUGAAACAAGUAAACAAAUGCCUUACACUGGAAAAAUAAAGUGGUUUCUGGAAUAUCUUUCUAAAUCAAAGUUGUAUCUGGUAUAACAAUCCCUGAAUACCAUGCCAUUUGACCUUUUUAAGAAAAUGUAACAUGUAAACAGAAAUAGCCAUAAUGGAUUUAUAAAUAAAUGAAUAAAAUUGACACCUCUGAA